AUGGUCGGUCUUGUGGGACAACUUUGGAUGCACUGGAUUACACUCCUCAACGUCGGAGAAGUCGUGGUGGCGCAAUCUAAAAGGACUACAUAUGGUAUCAAUGUAGAUCACACAUUGGGUCAGAAUGCAGGCACACUUAAGAUGCUUGUGCUGGUUAAUGUUCAGACCCCGCUGUCUUACCCUGAAUACAACCCGAGGUCGCCAAGUGAGAGGCACCAUUGUGAAGCAACGAGCAGCACCAGCAGUGAGAGUCACCAUUGUGAAGCAACGAGCAGCACCAGCAGUGAGAGGCACCAUUGUGAAGCAGCAAGCAGCACCAGCAGCGAGAGGCACCAUUGUGAAGCAACGAGCAGCACCAGCAGUGAGAGGCACCAUUGUGAAGCAACGAGCAGCACCAGCAGUGAGAGGCACCAUUGUGAAGCAACAAGCAGCACCAGCAGUGAGAGGCACCAUUGUGAAGCAACGAGCCGCACCAGCAGCGAGAGGCACCAUUGUGAAGCAGCGAGCAGCACCAGCAGUGAGAGGCACCAUUGUGAAGCAGCGAGCAGCACCAGCAGUGAGAGGCACCAUUGUGAAGCAACGAGCAGCACCAGCAGUGAGAGGCACCAUUGUGAAGCAACGAGCAGCACCAGCAGUGAGAGGCACCAUUGUGAGGCAACGAGCAGCACCAGCAGCGAGAGGCACCAUUGUGAAGCAACGAGCAGCACCAGCAGUGAGAGGCACCAUUGUGAAGCAACGAGCAGCACCAGCAGUGAGAGGCACCAUUGUGAGGCAACGAGCAGCACCAGCAGCGAGAGGCACCAUUGUGAAGCAACGAGCAGCAACAGCAGCGAGAGGCACCAUUGUGAAGCAACGAGCAGCACCAGCAGCGAGAGGCACCAUUGUGAAGCAGCGAGCAGCACCAGCAGUGAGAGGCACCAUUGUGAAGCAGCGAGCAGCACCAGCAGCGAGAGGCACCAUUGUGAAGCAAUGAGCAGCACCAGCAGUGAGAGGCACCAUUGUGAGGCAACGAGCAGCACCAGCAGCGAGAGGCACCAUUGUGAAGCAACGAGCAGCACCAGCAGCGAGAGGCACCAUUGUGAAGCAACGAGCAGCACCAGCAGUGAGAGGCACCAUUGUGAAGCAGCGAGCAGCACCAGCAGUGAGAGGCAUCAUUGUGAAGCAACGAGCAGCACCAGCAGUGAGAGGCACCAUUGUGAGGCAACGAGCAGCACCAGCAGCGAGAGGCACCAUUGUGAAGCAACGAGCAGCACCAGCAGCGAGAGGCACCAUUGUGGACAAGAUGAAGCGUUGUGGUCAAGUUGA